UCAUAUAUCGAAAUUAUUUCCUCAGUCAGUAGAUUUAAUACACUGUUCCACACGUACAGGAGGCGCCGCAACUCAGCCUACCAGCUUUCAGUUAAUCGCCUCUGAAUGAAAAUCUCACCCUCUCGUACGUAUCCCGAAUGCGACCGGACCGGACAGUCGGAGGAAGCCACAGCUAGCCCGCUAGCUAGCCAGAUUAAUGGGAAUUCCCACCUCGUGACAGCUCUUCUUGUUUUAUAUAAAACUGCAUAUGUAUAUUAUUUUUCCAUAAACAAAAGGGCUCGAACGGAGAAAUGUCUGCGCCGGGGUUCACAAAUCUGAACGCACCUGCCGGCUACGGUAUGAACGCAACGCAGAACGGAGGAGCGUCUCCCCCCUGCCAGAACGGUCCAGGACAGACAUACCAGUCCACGUAUCCCACUGCGGGUUACUAUGGCGCCCCUCACCAGAGCUACCCCUCUUACCAGGGUCACUGUGCCCCUGCCCCUAACAAGACCUCCGCGGUGAACAACCAGUACAACCCCAACUACUACCACAACAUGCAGCAGCAACAGCAGCCGGUUUCCAAGCAAGGCCCCUCCCCCUCUCCCUAUGACGGGUCCCUGGCUCCCCCACCUGCCCAAUCCUACGGCACCGCCCCCCAGCACCCGCCCCCAUUCCAGCAGCCAGCCCCCUAUACUCCCAGCUAUUAUGGACCGUACACCGCCUCUCAGGGACCCUCUCCCCAGCCUGUCAGCGUGGCAACAACGACCAGCGCCGUCGGCAACCCCCUCUACCCAAUCGUCUCCUAUCCCUCUGCCCCGGGGAGCAGCCAGUAUGGCACGCUGCGAUCCUACCAGACCCCAGGACCCGGACACGAUCCCAGCGCCAUGGCUACGCCGGCCCAGCCCCCUCUUCAGCAGGUUUCCCACGGCAACAGUGCGCCCCCAGGCUACGGGGUGGCCCAGCCCCCUCCCCCGCCAGCAGCUGUCAACGGACAGGUGAACGCAGCCUCGCCGCCGGUUUUGCAGCACUACGAGGAAAGCUCCGCCCCUCUCAUGACCCACUUGUAUGGGGCAGUGCAGCCAGAUGCCUGCGCCCCCUGCCGUGACAGACCCCCCUCCGGGACCCCCUCUGCGUCUGUCCACUCCUCACCCCGUCGCCAUCAAGGCAUGCACUGCGGAUAUGUUGCUAAUAGCGGAGUUAGCUCUGCGGCGGCCGCUCCCUCGUCAUCGAGCUCCGAUGAGGAGGACGAGGAGGAGGAGGAGGAUGAGGAAGCAGGUGCUGACAGCUCCUCCUCCACCAGCAGCGCGUCACCUGUGCCCAACAGCUAUGAGUCGCUAGAGGGUGGCAGUUACCCAGACUCCUCGGUUCCGCCCACGUCCGACGCGUCAAAAGCUGCCACGCCCUUUGGGUUUGGAUAUCCCAGCAUGCCGCCGGCCUAUCAGCAGGGACCAGCCUCCAGAACAGACUCGUCCCCCGCCCAUGGUGGGUACAACCCACCUGGGUACCAGCCAUAUUCACAGCCCUUCCCCACCAUGUCCCAGCUGUCUGCUGCACUGGGGGGCUUGAGUGGGGUUCCCGAGCUUCAGGUAGAGGGACUGCGGCCUGUGAACCUCCUGCAGGAGAGGAACAUCCUGCCCCCAGAGCCCAUUCAGCCCCCAGAGCCCAACCUGAGCGCAGAGCUCAAAAAGGCCAACUGCAGCACCAGCACAUUCCGAUGCACCCUGACCAACAUCCCCCAAACCCAGGCCCUGCUCAACAAAGCCAAACUGCCCCUGGGCCUGCUACUACACCCCUUCAGGGACCUUACACAGCUACCCGUAAUCACAUCCAACACCAUCGUCCGCUGCCGGUCCUGUCGCACCUACAUCAACCCGUUUGUGUCCUUCCUGGACCAGAGGAGGUGGAAAUGCAACCUGUGUUACCGGGUCAACGACGUGCCUGAUGAGUUCAUGUACAACCCUGUGACUCGGUCUUACGGGGAGCCACACAAGCGGCCGGAGGUGCAGAACUCCACCGUGGAGUUCAUCGCGUCCUCAGAUUACAUGCUGCGGCCUCCACAGCCCGCGGUCUAUCUGUUUGUGCUGGACGUAUCCCACAAUGCCGUGGAAGCUGGCUAUCUGAAGGUCUUCUGCCAAUCUCUGCUGGAAAACCUGGACAAGCUGCCGGGGGACACACGCACCCGGGUGGGCUUGGUGACGUUCGACAGCACCAUCCACUUCUACAACCUGCAGGAGGGCCUGUCGCAGCCACAGAUGCUGGUGGUCUCUGACAUUGACGACAUCUUUAUCCCCACCCCUGACACUCUACUGGUGAACUUGAAGGAGAGCAAAGAGCUGGUGAAGGACCUGCUGAACGCUCUGCCCGCCAUGUUCAGCAACACCCGCGAGACGCACAGUGCUCUGGGCCCCGCCCUGCAGGCUGCCUACAAGCUCAUGUCCCCCACCGGGGGGCGCGUCUCCGUCUUCCAGACCCAGCUUCCCACCCUGGGAGCGGGGCUGCUGCAGUCCCGGGAGGACCCCAACCAAAGAUCCAGCACCAAGGGAGUGCAGCAUUUGGGGCCGGCGACGGACUUCUAUAAGAAGCUGGCACUAGACUGCUCCGGCCAGCAGAUCGCCGUGGACCUGUUCCUGCUCAGCUCCCAGUACUCAGACCUGGCUUCAUUAGCCUGUAUGUCCAAAUAUUCGGCCGGAAGCAUCUUCUACUUUCCUGGGUUCCACCUCGCCCACAACCAGCCCCAGGUGGCGAAGUUCCAGAAGGAUCUCCAGCGAUACCUGACCAGGAAGAUUGGCUUUGAGGCGGUAAUGAGGAUACGCUGCACUAAAGGGCUCUCCAUCCACACCUUUCACGGGAACUUCUUUGUGCGCUCCACCGACCUGCUAUCGCUGGCCAACGUGAACCCGGACUCUGGGUUCGCCGUGCAGAUGUCCAUAGAGGAGAACCUGGCAGAGACCUCCCUGGUCUGCUUCCAGGCCGCGCUGCUGUACACCUCCAGCAAAGGGAAAAGGAGGAUCAGGGUUCACACCCUCUGUCUCCCUGUGGUGAACCAGCUGAGCGACGUGUUCGCCGGUGCAGACGUUCAGGCCAUCUCCGCCCUCCUCGCCAACAUGGCUAUCGACCGCUCGGUGUCGUCCAGCCUGUCGGAUGCCCGGGACGCCCUGGUGAACGCGGUGGUGGACUCCCUGGCGGCGUAUCGCUCAGACGGCUCCACCCUGCAGCAGUCAGGCCUCAUCGCCCCCGCCUCCCUACGCCUCUUUCCCCUCUACGUACUGGCCCUGCUCAAACAGAAAGCCCUGCGCACGGGCACCAGCACGCGUCUGGACGAGCGUGUCUUCGCCAUGUGCGACUUCAAGAGCCAGCCGCUGCAGCUGGUGAUGCGCUCCAUCCACCCCGACCUCUACCGGAUAGACAACCUGUCCGACCAGGGGGCUCUGCACCUGAGCGACGGCGUGGUCCCCCAGCCCAGCCUCCUCCACCUCACAGCCGAGAAGCUGACCAGAGAGGGUGCCUUCCUCAUGGACUGUGGGAAUGUAAUGUACCUGUGGGUUGGAAAAAGCUGCAAUGAGCCAUUCAUCAGAGAUGUACUCGGCUGCCAGAACCACGCCUCCAUACCGCAGAACAUGACUCAGAUUCCAGACCUAGACACUCCCUCCUCAGAAAGAACCAGGGCAUUCCUGAACUGGCUAAUGGAAUCCCGCCCUUUCAUCCCCAUACUUUAUGUUGUGAAGGAUGACUCCUCGGCGAAGACCAGCUUUUUCCACCACUUGGUGGAGGACCGGACUGAAUCUGCGUUUUCUUACUACGAGUUCCUGCUCCACAUCCAGCAGCAGCUGUCCAAGUAGAUAGACGCUCGCCUAGGUAACGGCGGCCUGGUGUCGUCGCUGUGAAGAUGCUACAGCCACCAUGUCUGCAGGAGGGGGCACCUUUUUUUCUUUUUUUACAAGGGGAGCGGCACCUGACUUAGGAUAGGACCAGAGACGGAUAUGAAGAGAGGGAGGGAGAGAGAGAGAGGGAGAUAGGGGGCUGAGACGGAGUACGGCACCUCCC